AAUCUAACAAUCAAUAAUCAUUUAUUAUUUAAUGAUUUUUUCUCAUACUAUAUACUUAAUCUUAAUAAAGUAAUAAUAUAUUAAGAAUACAAUGUCUCUCGAUGAUAACAGUAUUUCGUUAUUUACUAAUAUUUGCUAAUAUUACUAAAAUUUGCAUGCAAUGAAAUAUUAAUGGAAUAUUUUAUUCAUGUUGCAUAGAUUUUGCAUUGCACAUCAUUGAAUAUCGUGCUACUACAAAUCGCAACUUGUUUGUCUCAUUUUGUAGACGAUCUAAUUAUAUCAGUACAUGUUGACCAUGUAUUUCCUUGAACAGAACAAAUCGAUCGCGUGUCAUCUGUGUGCUGGCAUUGAACGAUUCUCUUUAUAUCGACAAGUGCUGUUUCGUUCAUCCUCAUAGUUAGAUGCCUCGUGAUUCUGCUUGAAAUCAUAUGAUUUCUUGCCGCGCGUAAUAUCUGUGUAUAUGUAUUUGAGCUGAGUGUAUUGAGAUCUCUAAAACUCUAUAUCGAUAUAAGUAAUAUAACACUGAUUAUAUCGAAGAGAUGAUAAUUAUAUAUAUAUGUAUAUAUAUCAUCUUAUAUAAAUAAUAUUAAAAGACAAUCUGUGAAUUAGAAGCAAAUUCUCUGCAUAUCAUCUUGUUUUUUUGCUAAAAAUAGUUACAAAAGCUCUUUGCAGACAAUGUAUUCAUUGGCCAUCGAGAAGCAACAAGUGCUGAUGCUAUUUCUAAUCGAGAUUUUCUUAAUCGUGCUAAUUGGGUCAAUCAUGAUGUAUGGUCCGGAAGCAAAUGCCAAUUUAUUGAAAAAUCAUACUGGUAUCACUGACAAAAAUAAGCAAACCGAAAAACCGGAUGAAGAUCCAUUGCAUAUUUAUCCAAUGUAUCAAGAUGUCCACGUGAUGAUUUGGAUCGGCUUUGGCUUCCUAAUGACAUUCCUCAAGCGAUACAGUCAGAGCGCUGUAGGCCUGACCUUCCUUGUUGGUGCGAUACUGGUUCAAGUAGCUCUAAUUUGCGACGGCGUGACGCAAAUGAAAUUGACCAAAAAAGCUUAUCUCUCUUUAGAAAGUCUUCUUAGUGCCGACGUCGCUGUUGCUACGCCGCUCAUUUCUAUGGGUGCAAUCCUGGGUAAGGUGACAUACAUGCAACUGAUAUUUAUGGGAAUAGUGGAACUAAUCAUGUUUACCAUUAACAAGUACAUAGGCGAGCAAUUAUUUAUGGCAGUCGAUGCUGGUGAUAGCAUGUUUGUUCACGUUUUUGGUGCAUAUUUUGGAUUAGCUAUCAGCUUUGCAUUUGGAAUGAAGGAACAACCAAAAGAACAUGAAUUUGAAGGAUCGUCUUAUCAAUCAGAUAUAUUUGCUAUGAUCGGUACGAUAUUUUUAUGGCUAUUCUGGCCGUCAUUUAACAGCGCGGCAUUGAAAGGGGAUGAUCAACAGCGGGCUAUAAUCAAUACUCUGCUAUCAAUAUCUGCUAGCUGUGUAAUCGCAUUCGCCGUAUCCGCAGUGGUUUCCAAAGACAACAAAUUCAACAUGGUGCAUGUGCAGAAUUCGACUUUGGCUGGUGGUGUAGCCAUCGGUACAGCUGCAGGUAUGAUGUGUCAACCAGUGGGUGCUCUGAUUAUCGGCGCUUUAUCUGGCCUAAUUAGCGUAAUGGGAUAUAAAUAUCUUACGCCAAUCAUACAAAGACGACUUCACAUACAUGAUACUUGCGGAGUACAUAAUUUACAUGGAAUGCCAGGCGUGCUUGCUGCACUUUUUGGCGCCCUUAUGGCAGGUUUAGCUUCGGAAUCUUCUUACGGUGUUGCUUUAUAUAAGAUAUUUCCCGCGCUAGCGCCGAAUUCAGAGGCAAAAAUUAGCGAGAUGAGAGACAAUUACGGUAUAACACCGGGACUUAAUAGGACAGCAUAUCAACAAGCAGUAUAUCAACUACUGUCGCUGGCAGUCACCAUUGUGAUCUCCAUUAUAUCUGGAUUAAUAACUGGUUUACUUCUACGUACGUCCAUGUGUGGUUGGGUUACCGAUAAACAAAAAUUUGAUGACCGGUUUGUUUGGGAAUUUGAAGAACAAUCCCAGGACGAAUCACCCGGGAAAAAUCGAAAAGAUAACUCUCAUGCCAGCAAUCAAAUAGCAAUAGGCCAUUUUUAAAAUAUGAAUGUUUGUGAAAUAUUUAAGUUUGCAUAUAUAUAAAUACUAUUAUUAAAUAUUACAUAUAAUAGUAUAUUUCAAUAUUUAUUGUUAAAAUUUCUUAUAUACUUAAUGAUUUUCUUUCUAAUUCUAUAUAUGUAUCUAUUUUCCAUAAAAGCAUUGUUGCAAAUAAUUGUAAAAAAACACAUUAUUUUACGACAUUAAUAUAUAUACAUGCAUAUACAUAUAUGUUCAUAUAUAUAUAUAUAUAUAUAUAGGCGUGUCACGCACACUACCAGGCGCGCGGCUCAUCAACGUGCGCCUGGCUAAAGAUCAGCGAUGAUUGGCCAGACUUUACUCAAUAAUAAUUAUUUAUUAAGCGUUAUACAAAAAAAUGAUAAAGGACUUUUCGACUUGGUUUGAUCCGCUCUAUCUGUACACGAGUUUUAUCCUCAUUAAUUUGGGACAUCCUGUAUAUACAUAUGUAUAUACAUACAUAUAUCAAAAAAAUCAAUAAAAGAAUAAAAUAAA